AGGGUGUGAUUGACUUCAGAAUAAAGUCAGAGAUAUUUGAUGAAACUGUUGGACCAGUUUCUUUACAUUCCAACAGUUGCUUCUCUGGAACCUCUGAAGUGAAACUAAAGCUUCUCUGUGAAUCAGGAGACGAUCAAGAGACAAAUGGCUCUGAACUGAUCCUGAAGCUGUUUCUGAAGCUGCUCUUUGUUCUUAAAGAAGCAGCUCAAAGGAAACUUUGUUCUUGUUCUUUUCCACAGGAAGAUGCAGAUGUUGGUGGUGUUUGUGAUCCUGGUUCACGUUUCCCAUCAUGCCUCAGCUGUGGUCAUGUAUACGGGGGACUGGUUCCUGCUGCCCUGUGAGUUUCCCACAUUUGAUGUGGACGAACCCACAGUGGUGUGGAGCCGAUCCGAUCUCAGUCCUUCCACCGUCCACCAGCGUCAGCAGGACGGUGAUAAACUUAAAGACCAGAACCAGCUUUACAGAGGCCGAACAUCGAUGAGCACAAAUGCCAUAAACACUGGGGACCUGAGUCUGAACCUGACGAGACUGAUGCUGUCUGACAGUGGAACCUACACCUGCUCUGUGAGCUCACCUGGUGCGGGAAAAAUGAGCAGCAAAAGCAUACAUCUGCAGGUCAAAGAACAAUUUCCAUCCUGGGCCACAGCAUGUCUGGUUGUCCUGGCUAUUCUUCUUCUUGUUGCUGGGGGUCUGUUAAUAUUUUUCCGUCACUACUUCAUGUCAGUCUACCAGGUAAGCGUGAAACCAGGGAAGCAGUCAGUCCUGCUGCCAUGUAAAACCAUAGUUCACCUGCCUGAAGACAUCAGAUUGGUGUGGAGGGACAGAGACAACAAGGUGGUCCAUGUGUAUGAGAACGGUCAAAAUCAGGAUGGAGAGCAAGACAAUCUUUACAGACAACGGACUGAGAUGAACAGUGCUCUUCUGAAAACUGGAAACCUCAGUCUGGGUCUGAAGAACCCAACAUAUAAAGACAGAGGAACCUUCACCUGCAUCGUCUCCAACAAGGAGGGAAACACCCUGGUGAAAAAACGAGUCAUCCUCCAGGUCAAAGCCCAACUGGUGGAGGUGAAGUCAGGGGUGCUGUCUGUGCUGCUACCUUGUAAAACUACAGUUCACCUGCCUGAAGACACCAGGGUGGAGUGGAAAGACAUGAAGAACAGGAUGGUCUGUGCAUAUGAGAACGGUUCUGAACAGCCUGGAAAACAAGACGGUCUUUACAAAGGUCGAACACAGAUAAAUACUGACCUGCUGCAAACCGGAGAUGUCAGUGUGAAACUGGAGAACCCAACGGAUGCAGACAGAGGAACCUUCACCUGCACCGUCUACAAGGAGUUAAACAUCCUGGUGAAGAAACAGGUUGUCCUUCAUGUCAAAGUCCAACCGGUGGAGGUGAAGUCAGGUGAGAAGUUUGUCCUGUUGCCUUGUGAAGCCACAGUUCAGCUGCCUGAAGACAUCAGGGUGGAGUGGAUGGACAGUGAUGAUAAUAAGGUCCAUGUCUAUCAGUACGGUUCUGAUCAGCCUGAAGAACAGCACAGAUAUUACAGAGGACGAACAGAGAUGCAGAGAAACCCUGUAAAACCUGGAGACGUCAGUGUGCGUUUAAAGAACCCAACACACAAAGACACAUGUACCUUCACCUGCACCGUUUACAACAGGGAGGGAAACGUUGUGAUGAAGAAACAGGUGGAUCUGAGGGUCAAAGUCCAACAGGUGGAGGUGAAGUUAGGGGAGGAGUCAGUCCUGCUGCCUUGUGAAGCCACAGGUCAUCUGCCUGAAGACGUCAGAGUGGAGUGGAUGGACAGUGAUGAUAAUAAGGUCCAUGUCUAUGAGAAUGGUUCUGAUCAGCCUGGAGAACAGCACAGUCUUUACAGAGGACGAACAGAAAUGAAGAGAAACCCUGUAAAACCUGGAGAUGUCAGUGUGAGUCUGAAGAACCCGACAGAUCAAGACACAGGAACCUUCACCUGCACCGUUUACAACAGGGAGGGAAACGUUGUGAUGAAGAAACAGGUGGAGCUGAAGUUCAAAGGCCAAUAUGUCAAGGUGGAGUCAGGGGAGGAGUCUGUGCUGCUGCCUUGUGAAGCCAAAGACCUGCCUGAAGACAUUAGAGUGGAGUGGAAGGACAGUAAGAACAGAACGGUCCAUGUGUGUCAGAACGGUUCUGAUCAGCCUGAAGAUCAGCACAUUCAUUACAACGGACGAACAGAGAUGAACAGAGAUGAGAGCAGUAACGCACUCAGGCCUGGAGACCUCAGUCUGAGUCUAAUGAACCCAACAGAUGGAGACAGAGGAACCUUCACCUGCACCAUCUACAACAAGGAGGGAAAGAUUCUAAUGAAGAAACAUGUCGUGCUCCAGAUCACAGUCCAACAGGUGGAGGUGGAAUCAGGGGAGGAGUCAGUCCUGUUGCCUUGUAAAACCGUUGUUCAGUUGCCUGAAUUUGUCAAAGUGGAGUGGAAGGACCAUAAGAACAACACGGUCCAUUUAUAUCAGAACGGUUCUGAUCAUCCUGAAGAACAACACAAUUUUUACAAAGGACGAACAGAGAUAAAGAAAACUUUGCUGAAAAGUGGAGACGUCAGUCUGAGACUGAAGAACCCAACUGUUGAAGACAAAGGGACCUUCAUCUGCACCGUCUACAACAAGGAGAGAACCAUCCUGAUGAAGAAACAGGUGGAUCUGGAGGUUGAAGUCCAACAGGUGGAGGUAGAAUCAGGGGAGGAUUUUGUCCUGCUGCCUUGUGAAGCCAAAGACCUGCCUGAAGACAUCAGAGUAGAGUGGAAGGACAGAAAAAGCAGGAAGGUCCAUGUUUAUCAGAACGGUUUUAAUCUGGCUGGAGAACAACACAAUAUUUACAAAAGACGAACAGAGUUGAAGAGAAACCAGCUGGUACCUGGAGACGUCAGUCUGAGUCUGAAGAACCCAACAGAGGAAGACACAGGAUUCUUCACCUGCAUCGUUUACAACAGGGAGGGAAACAUUCUGAUGAAGAAACAGGUGGAGCUGAAUGUCAAAGUCCAACAGGUGGAGGUGGAGUCAGGGGAGGAGUCUGUCCUGCUGCCUUGUGAAACCCUAGACCUGCCUGAAGACAUCAGAGUAGAGUGGAGGAACAAAGCAAACAGGAGGGUCCAUGUGUAUCACACCGGUUCUGAUCAGCCUGGAGAACAACACAGUUUUUACAGCGGACGAACAGAGAUGCAGAGAAACCCUGUGAAACCUGGAGACGUCAGUCUGAGUCUGAAGAACCUAACAGAGGAAGACACAGACACCUUUACCUGCACCGUCUUCAACAAGGAGGGAAACAUCCUGAUGAAGAAACAGGUGGAGCUGGAGGUCAAAGAGAGAACUCGGGGUCCAGAUGAACCAGUGGAUGUAAGAGACAGUGGCAGCCCCACUGCUUCCACUCCUCUGAUGGCGGAUCAGUUGGUCUGAUCUUCAGUCUCUGGUCUGUUGCUCUGUCAAAAGUUGUCUGACUCAUUUCUACGCUCUGAUAAUUGAGAGUUGAGUGACUCAUUCUCAUCAGAUGUAGCAGUUAAUGACAGUCACAGAGCAGAGAUGGUGUCUCAUAUCUCUCUGCAUGUACUGUAUGGCCAAAAGAAACAGUUCUCUGUCAGUGAUACUGUCCUGUCUGUACCUUAAUGUCCCAUUUGUCAUGUAGUUCUUUUAACACAGUGAUCUUGUGCUUUUCUGGCAACACCAGUUGUUUUCUGUGGACUGUAUGUCUCCACAAAUUGUCAUUCUCAUCUGUCUCCAGCUUUUCCCAUUCAUAAACAAGACAAAGACUUUGAACACUGAAGUUUUUCUGUUCUUUUUGCAAUAGUUUCCCUCCUGACAAUUUACUCCGCAACACUGGCCCUAUGUGUACAUGUCUCUGAUCCUGUUGUAGCUGUUCUGGUGUUAUCAAAGCAAUGAUCGUGUCUGUGGCAUCAAGCACACCAUCAACAGAGAUGGCCAUUGAUUCUAGCUGUGUCUCUACAGCCUGAGCAGGAGCUCCCACUGCAUCAUAAGACAUUUCUUCUGUGCACUCAUUCAUUAGUUCCUCUACAUUCAUGGGCAUUCUAGACAGACUAUCAGCAUCAAUGUUCUCUUUUCCAGGAUGAUAUUUAAUAGUAAAGUUAGCUAACUCAGCUACCCAUCGACUUCCUGUAGCAUUCAGCUUAGCAGUGAAGAAAAUGGUUGGGUGAAAUCUGGGAAUACUAAUGCCAAGUCCUUAAUGUACUGGUGAUAGUAGCUAAAAACUCCAGGUUCAACACCCUUAUGGCAGCAGUGUCAGCAGGAUCCAUCUUAUUCCUUCAGCCGAUACUACUCUUCCACUUUUUACUUUUGACUAAUUCAAUAAAAUUUGCUUGCCUUUAAUUUGAUUCCACACUGUCUCAAUCAAAUGGGAUUCUGCACCAUUCAUACAGUCCCCAUGGUGUCAUGGAAACCAUCAGAUGUUUGCUGUCUUUUGCCAUGAACCCCUGGUGAUAUGGACGAUAUCAUCGGGAUGUGUUCCCGCUCCACGUUCCACGCUACUUCCUUGAACUCGGCCAGGACAAGGAUGCUAAAGCAAAAAGGCAAUCGCAAGGAGCUGGGGUGUCCAUAUUCCAUCCUAGAAGGUGGCAGUAAAGCAUGAUCUGCCACUAGAAACAAGCAAGAAGAAGGAGUCAGGGUGUUUGUGGGGGGCGAGGGACUGCAGACAGCAGAGCGGCAGGGCUGCAUGCAGGAGACAGCUGGUCGUGUCUCUGCACCCCACUGAUGGAAGCAGAUCUGGAAUUGCACGGUGGCCAUAUAAACCGUAGUACUGGAAAGCUACUUCAGGAUACCAAGAAGAAAACUGUAAAAAAAAAAUGGGUAUAACAUUAGCUUAUGUUGCUAACAUUACCUUGUGCGUUAGCUCUGGCUGGCAGAAACUCUAAUACUAAUCCGAUACUACUACUUCUUUUAAUAGGCAAUAUGAACUGCCCACGUAUCAUCAUAGAGACUGUUGUUGAUAAAAAUGUUAAGCAAUGUCUGAACGUUUUUGCACAAUUUAAGCUAAUAAAAUGUUGCAUUAUAACACAACUCACUUUUAAGCAGUGAAGCACCACUUUAAUCACAAAACAAACAAACAAAAAAGGAGGAUGUCCAAUUAUGAAGACAAUGCACUGUGAAUGCUGUUAUGGUGAAUGUGAUAAUAUAAAAAUAUAUCUGAAAGUAUAUUAUGCAUUGAAAGUAUAUCUGAAUAUAUUUGAAGAGAAAUAAAGGUAGCUUUAACAAA